AGAGAGAUCAGAUAAAAGGAGAAGGCAAAACAGGAAAAGGAAACAAAAGAUCUCUUUUCUCUUGCUUUUCCUGUAACGCCUCGGCCAUUUUUCUUGAGGGAGGGAGGGGAAAUACCAGGCAGGACAGCACAGGAAAAGUACAAAGAAAUAGUAGGGUGGGUUCUUGUCUUCCCGCCAUAAGCACCACCACCCACUGCCAAAGUUGAAGGGGAAAAAAGAACAAAAAAUGCCCCAAAAAACCCAUAAUUCCAUUUGUUCUCCAACCCAUUCCCCAUCAAUUGCUACGUUUUUUCUUUGCCCUUCUUCUUUGGUAGGAAGAGGACCCAUUAUUUUCUCUCACCUUCCUUGAUCACUCAGUCACUCGGCUCUCUCUCUCUCUCUCUCUCUCUCUCUCUCUGGUGCUGUUCCUGCCAGCCACCUAUAAAUAGGCGCAGGAGGUUCGUUAAUCCCACCCAGCUUCACUUUCUCCUCCACAGUUUAAGCUCAAGAAGAAAACCACUGGAUCACUGUUCCUAUAUACAAUUUCAUAAAAAGAGAUAGAAGUGAGGGAGCCGAAGACAGAGAGUGAGAAACAGAGAGAGACAGUGUGUGAGUUGGCUUCAAAGGCAUACAGAGAGAGAGGAUGGGGAGAGGGGCAUAUGAAGGGGGGAAUGGGGUGGCAGCACCAGCAGCAGCGAUGCCGGGGUGGCUGGGGGGCUUGGUGGAGGAGAGCUUCUUCGUGGGGUGCGGGGCCCAUGAGAGCCGGAAGAAGAACGAGAAGAACAUCUUCUGCCUCGACUGCUGCACCAGUAUCUGCCCCCACUGCGCAGCCGCCCACCCCUCCCACCCACUCCUCCAGGUGAGACGUUAUGUGUACAAUGAUGUGGUUCGAUUGGAUGAUCUUGAGAGGCUCAUAGACUGUUCCUAUGUCCAGCCAUACACUAUCAACAGUGCCAAAGUGGUGUUCCUGAAGCCAAGGCCUCAAUCCAGGCCUUUCAAGGGCUCCGGCAACAUUUGCUUGACCUGCGACAGGAUCCUCCAAGAGCCCUUCCACUUCUGCUCUCUCUCGUGCAAGGUGGACCAUGUGCUGCUGCGAGGAGAUGAUCUAUCGAGCAUAUUAUUCAGGUUCAGCGAGUCCGACUUCGCCUUCCCUCACUUCGAGAAUCUGCGGAUGGACGGCUCCGAUCUCCUCGAAGACGAUGAUGACCUGAUCGCCCCGGAAGACGUGACGCAGCACCGUGGCGGCUCCGCCUCCAGCAACGGCGGGGCGCCGAAGAAGAAGAAGAGCGGUGCCGGCUUCUUCCCUCAGAUUGUCCUAUCCUUGAGCAACAGGAGGAAGGGAGCUCCCCACAGAUCUCCCCUCUCCUAAUCUCUCUCUCUCUCUCUCUCUUACUGUGUCUGGUCGCUGCUGCUCAUAACUUUCAUGUCUGUGGAUGUUGUCCUGCUCAAAAUGCCCCUAUCCAUGUGGGGACAUUCUGG